UUAGUACCUAUCUUGUAGUGUUACUUUGAGAAGUGAGACAAUACAUAUAAACUGCUUCAAAAGGUAUUCAUUAAAUUCUGUGAUUAUUAUCAAAUGACAUUUUGCUUCUAGGUCUUGCUCUUAUGAGAGUCCUGGUGCCCCCCACAGCUCCUAUCCCCUUCACUCACCAAGAGUAAAACCCUAAAUCUUAUUAAUUUAGCUAAAUUUUUUCUGGUUAGGCCAGGCCCAUCAAGAUGCUUUCCUGAAUAAGAUGACCCUUAAUCCCAAGAUGAAACAGGCAUCCUCAUUAUAAGGCAUGCAGAAUUGCAGUCAUGUUUUGUCGCAAAUGGAUUUCCCACCUUCCUUUUAUUGUAGAUCCAUCACAGGUUACCCUUUAGUCUGUGACAGCCAGAUGAAGGAGCCUCCCCCAUCAUUUCCAGAGAGUGAUAAAGAAGCCGCACAACUGGAGCAAGAAUAUGUCCAUCGAGUUUAUGAAGAGAUUGCUGGGCACUUCAGUAGCACAAGACAUAGCGCUUGGCCACGCAUUGUGGAGUUUUUGAAAGCUUUGCCAAGCGGUUCAUUAGUGGCCGAUAUCGGAUGUGGAAAUGGAAAGUAUCUUGGCAUCAAUAAGGAGUUAUAUAUGGCAAGUAAUGUUGCUUCUGGCUUUCUACUGUAUUGUAAGAGUUAUUAUCACCUUCUUCCUCAUGAUAUAAUGAUAGUUUUGUAAGACUAUAGAACAGUUAUAACCAACAAAUUCAAAAGUUAUGAA